AUCUUUAAAACGCCCAUGUAACGGAAGGAAAGAGCUCACACGGCAGUUGCGCUUUCCAGAGUCGGACCUUAGAAGUUGGUUGAACUAGCCACCAUGAAUCCCUACGCCCGUUCGUUGCUAACGUGCUUUGCAAUAGUCUUACUAGGUUUCACGCCGGCUACCGUGACGUUCAUCAUACUCCGUUUCUUUCCUUCGGUUAUAUCCUCGGAAAGCGUCUCUGCCAUCGUAUUAAUCGACUUCGCUUGUGCAUGCUGGUCUCUGAUCGUCGGUGACAAAAAGAGGCGAUCCCUUUGGCCGCGUGAACCGGCGUCUACCAUUGACCAGGACGUCGAAGCAGCCGCGGCAGUAACACCAGCAGUCGAGGACAAGCCUCCGGAGUACGAAAAGGUCAUAGAGAAAGCGCCUCCCUACGAGAGCGUCCUAAUGGAAGACGCCUACAAAAACAGGACUAUGAACAGCUCGCUCGUCGCCAAUACAACGAUGAGUCUAGACCGAUUCGAGAAAAAGGACGCUGCUAUCCAGAAAUCCGAUCCAGAUCUGCCAACGUAUGAAGAGGCAGCACGUCUCGUUUGCAAACCGGUAGAAUGAAAACGGUUUUCCUAAUGCAUAGAUAGACUGAAUAUGAUACGAUUUAAGACCUGAUUUUCAAGACAAGGGUCUCAGUCUAAAGGAAAUGCCAGAGGAAAAGAUAAUUUCAUGCGUAGAGCUGAAUUAUGAUUCCUGUGAUGAAUUCAUUCCUUGGGGUGACUGUGGGCAAAAGCUAUGAAAACCCCGAUACAAGACUUCUUGAAUAGCACAGAUACGUAAAAAGAACGUGAAUGGUUCAUUCUAGUUUGAUCUCUCCAUGGGUAAACGAUGCAUAUUUUUAUAAGCUUACCAAAGACUGAUAAAUAUUUAACGUUUUCAAGUCAGAUAUCAUUUGUCUAUAUGAUAUAGGAUCGAAACCCUAUGUCGGCAGGUUUUAACUCCCCUCUCACCUUUUUUGUUGAAAACUGUAAAAACAUGAGCCCUCGGGGAACCAACUGAAGAUGAUUAUUUAUUUAUUUGUUUAUUUUUUGCAAGGCAACAUUCACUGGUACAACUCAAAUUUUCCAUCAUGAUGAGGAAAUAAGCUAAAUUCUGAUUUUCAGCAAGACGUGGAAAACGUCAUCUCGAAUAUUUCUGCUAGGUAUGUAACAUUUCAGUGAAUAAGAUGGUAUACGUGUGUAAGCGAAUUGAUUAAGCAAGAGGCAGGUGUUGUGCAUUGGAAAAGGGGGUUGAAUCCCUAAAAAAAAUAAAAAAAAGACAGGCAAACACAAAACCAGUUGGUGACGUCGUAAUUGUUUUGCAUCAAAAUAAGCACAGCUGAAAUUGAGAACUUAAAAGAGAAAAGGCAAAAACUAGGAAAAUGUUCUAAAGUGAUAUAGAACAAAAUCCAAGCUAGAACAUAAGAACGCAAUAAAAAAAGUUGGUUGGGAGAAAAUUCAAAGUUGUGGCUUAAAGCAAUUGAAAAUAUGAUCUGUAUACCAUGCAGUAAUAUACAUCACCGAGAAACAAGGAAUCAUUGUCAUCUUGGUAAAAUUCGUAACUAUUAUAAGACCUUGCAGCCAGGAAUUCAUCCUCAAUAAAGACUUUUGUUCUUGUACUGAGGUAAGACGUUCUUGCAGUCAUGCAUUUUCCGGCGAUGUCUCAGGCACUUAAGUUUGGAUCUGUCAUCUGAAGAACGGCUGGUCUUCCAGUUUAUACAAGAUCAUGAGGGACACAAAUCUUCUAGUACGUAGAUCAGGCGAAAAGAAGGCACGUGAGCUAUUUGAAAAACAUGAUAUAAUUUCCGAGGCACCUUUUCCAAAGGUGAGCGAGGUCGAACCAAGGAGGUUGGAUCUUACUCCAAGAGUUAGAUGAACUCACGACCUAGACAAAUGGAUCAACUUAAUCCAACCAAGGGCGCGGGGAUUAGACUAAUCGCUGUGGCCUCGGUCUGUCCACGGCCGAGCUGCCUGACAUCCACGCUGCGGAGACUGGAGAAUGUCGUGAUGCUUUGUUCAAUCCUGAUUCUGAUAUCUAAAUCCUCUGAUGCUCCCAGUCUGUUUGACGCUUUUAUAUGUAGAUGGCGUACAAUAGUUCUACUUAGAUUUAGGUAAUAUUUAUAUUACUCUUACUGAGAUAGGCGUAUGGGAAGUUUUGUAACGAAGAAUAAUGCAGAGCAUUGCAUUUAAUAAAAGUUUAUUUGGUU